UUCUGAUCUAUUUGGAGAACCUGGUGAGUCUGAUUCCUUGAGUUCUUCUGUUUAUUUGUUGCUCUUAAAUAUUUGAAUUCAAUCUGAAGACAGGAAAUUUGGUGUGUUGAAAGUUAGGAUCAUGGGUUUGAAGCCAUUAAUUGAUGAAAAGUGUAAUUUGGGGCAUAAUGAUACAAUGAUAUACUGCUUUAACUUGGUCCUGGUAAAUUGAAAAAGAAGUAACUAGGAAAGCUUUGGUUCGAAGAGGAGAACAAGGUAAUUUUUUUUUUCCUUUCCAUUUCUGUUUGAGUCCAUUCUGCUGUGAUUUCAAAGGCCAUUGAAUUCUCCCUGAACAGUUGCUUGCUCUCUGUCCAACUAUUGAUGCUUCCUAAGAAAUAAUGAUAGGAAAUGCUUGUGAGUUCGCUCAGGAUUUCAGAACUUGUGACUGCCUUUUUUGAAGAUGUUAUUUUUAUGUAAACAUCAUUACUUGCCACUUUAGAACAGAGAGAAUUUUCCCAGAGCUAGUGAAGCAACUGGCUAGAGAGGAGAAGCCAGAAAGUUAUAAAAAGGGAGUUAACAGAUGAAAGUAUAUCUUGUAGACUAGAGAGGUUAUAUCCAAUGGAAUCAAAUAAGCUUUGGCUUCUCUGUAGAAGCUCCUUCUUGUGAACACUGUCAUCUAAUUUCUUUCAGAUUUCCGGAGACUCCAAAAAAGAUGUCUUACCAGCAACAGCAGUGCAAGCAGCCCUGCCAGCCACCUCCUGUGGUGUGCCCACCUAAGUGCCCUGAGCCAUGUCCACCUCCAAAGUGCCCAGAGCCAUGUCCACUUCCAAAGUGCCCAGAGCCAUGUCCACUCCCAAAGUGCCCACCUGAACCCUGCCAGCAGAAGUGCCCACCUAAGAGCAAGUAACAGCUUCAGAAUUCAUC